CGUACGAGUUAGCUCAAGGGGGAGAGAAUUUUUUCGCCUUGUCCAUUAUACCACUUCAUAGCUUCGUAUAAACCAGACAGCGAAUGAGGGGAAGUAUGUACGUGUAUAGCUCUACUGUGACGUCACAGUUCCUUCAUAUUGCCAAGUGCACCAGUAACCCACGGCCCACUGUGACCCACUUGAAAGCGCAUACUACGUACAGUGUGUACCAGAGGUCAUUAUGAUCAAGUGUUCGUGUCCAACAUGAAUAAAUUUUCCACACAAGCGUAGGCCUAUUUGUGCUCUGGAACAUGAAUAGGGCGAUACGAGUGACUGUUUACUGUACAGACAACGCGGUGCAGAUGCUGUAUAGACUCCGAACCUGGUGCAACCUGUCGGCGAUAAGGUGCUUAUUCGAGUCGGUCUUCGGCACAUUUUAUCUUUCAUUUCGAGGUUGUCUGAUUUAGGGAUUACUCUCUCUGCCAAGCUGAACAUCGACAACAUGGAGUCCACUCUGCAAUACAUCUUUGAGCAAAUGCUCAACCGCAACGUGGCAGUGUUACUAGCCAUGUCACUCUUCGUCGCUUACAGCAUGUGGAAGAGCAAAGUGAAUCUUCCGCCCGGACCAUGGGGGUUGCCAUAUUUCGGCCUGGUGCCGUAUUUCAUCCUGAUGGACUUGAUCUACGGGCUGCAGCGACACGAGGCCCUGGCUAGAGUGGCUGUCAAGUACGGCAAGGUGUUCAGCUUCAAGGCGUUUGGACGAGUGGUAAUCGUCUUGAACGAUGCCGAGGCGAUCAAGGAGGCUUACCAGCGAAAGGAGAUGAACGACCGACCAAGAAUGAAUAUAAAAAACCAUUCCCUCGGCAAAGGUGUUGCUUUUGCCUCUGGGGAUUGCUGGAGAGAGCAACGAAGCUUCACCAUCCGAACCCUGGAGACUUUGGGAGCUGGCCGGCCGAUCCACGAGGAGAAGAUUGCUCAGGAAGUUAAGGCGGUCUUGGACGAGAUUGCCGCCUUUGGAGGGAAGGCUUUUGACCCUAAGUAUCCAAUGAUGAUCUGCGUCUCUAACAUCAUUUCAUCGCUGCUGUUUAGCAUCCGGCAUGAGUACGAUGACAAGGAGUAUAAGGACUUCCUUGACAUGAUAGCUGAGAUCACCCACCUCAUGGGCACAUCUGGAGCUAUCAACAGCGCUCCUCUCAUCAAACAUCUUCCCCUGGCCUCCAAGAAUAAGCUAGCCAAGUUUGGGACGACGGAGCUGCGGUACAUGAUCGGUAUCGUCAAGGAGCACCGUAAGAACUUGGACCCGGAGAAUCCUAAGGAUUUCACGGAUGCUUACCUGAGUGAGGUUCUGGCCCGGAAGGAGAGCGGGAACACCAAGUCGCAGAUCAGUUAUGAGAAUCUCCCACAUACCUUGAUCCACCUGUACUCAGCGGGCACGGAGAAUGUCUCCACCACGCUCCGAUGGGCUCUGUUGUAUAUGAUCGCGUACCCAGAGAUCCAGGCUCGUGUACAGGCCGAGCUGGACCGCGUGGUAGGCCCCGAUCGGAUGCCUCAGCUCUCCGAUGAAGCGGGUCUACCAUACACGCAAGCCACUCUCCUAGAGCUCCAGCGUGUUGCCACCGUGGCUCCGCUAGGAGCUGCCCACAUGUCCACGGAUGAAUUCAGCCUCUAUGGCUACACAAUUCCAGCCAAGACCGCGGUUAUCCCGAACACGUGGGCCAUCCACUACAACCCCAAGGUAUGGAAGGAGCCGGCAAAGUUCAACCCCGAGAGGUUCUUGAGCGAGUCUGGGUCAGUGAUAGGAGGGGAUGGCAUCGUGUCGUUCAGUGCAGGUAAUCGCAUUUGCAUUGGUCGCCAUCUUGCCCGGAUGGAGAUGUACCUUCUCUUCAGCCACCUUUUGCAUCGAUUCUCCUUCCGGAAGGCCGACAUCUCACCUCCACUCUGCUUCCGGGGUCAAGGGAGCUUUGCGCGCGUUCCUGACCAUUUUCUCUUGCAAGCCACUGAACGCCACCAUGAAGUCAGAGCAUAGAUCAAGAAUUAAAUGCAUGAGAUAUCGAUAUCAGUGCAAAAUAAAUGGAUCGUGCAUAGUUUGUCCGCAGAUCAUAGAACAUCUUGAGUCCUUGAUACCACAAAAAUGAUUUUACAAUCAUUUGAAGGGCAGACAGUUGAUGCUAUAUGCAUUCAGAUAAUGCUAUGUAGGGCCUAUAUUGAUGAACUUUUUUGGAAUUGGGUUGCUGAAUAGCCACUGGAAAAGAAAUUUCUAAGUGAAUUUUUGCAUGGACAAUAAUAAAUUUUAAUCUUGAAUCUUUGAAUCUUGAUCAGUGAUGCAUGUUUGGCAAUGCUGUAUUUGCAGUGUUUAGUUUCUCUUUCAAUAUCAGUCAUAAUAGCCUGGCGCGUUUACACUGCGACUUGUUAAUGAAAGCAUAUGCACUAAGGACGAAAGAUACAGGUAAUAUAAAUUUCUGUGCCAAUGGAAGUAUUUUAUAAUGAAGGAAUAUAGACCGUAGAAGUAGUGAAUACAAUUUGUUAGCUUGUACACGCGUGUAUGAUUGGGGCUAAGGACUACGUGUAAAGCAACUAUCAAGAUGUCACAACGAAUUAUAUCGUGGCUGUUUAUGAUUCAGUUGGCGUAAAUCAAUUGCAUUUUAAUAUAAUGGCAUACAAAAUAUUGAGUAUACAAUGUAUACAAAACAAAUAUUUCCUGCUAAAUCACGUGGUGUAGUAAAACUAUAGCCUCCGUUGAGAUAUAAAGCAGUCAGUAUUUGUUAUACUGCACCUUUCCCAAAGAUUCUGCUUAAUUUAAGCUGUGACUGAUUGAUUUGAUUUAAAUACGCUCGGGUGCAUCUGUUUUAAUGAAAACUUUGUUGAAAUUUAACCAGCAUUUUUCCAAACUAUACCUCUUCAGGAAAUGUUUGAACCUAGCUUUGCACGCCGCUUUGGAACGCGCACCGUGCACGCCUGUAGGCAAUAUGUAUUUCUACAACCUGUUUACGCGAUCAUAGUAGGUGGCAAGACUGUACCCAUGGGUACAGUCUUGUCACCUACUAUGUCUAGUUGCGCAAACUCAGUGGAGGAACGAGCAGGCGGCCCAUGGAGUCGAGAUUGGUAUUUGCACACAAACCCAGCGAUUGCUAGCAUGGUUAUACGCAGUUACAGAAAACAACAAAAAUCGAAGGGAAAGGUUCUCAGGAAGAAGUUGGUCUGUCUUCACUGGAAAUUCAAGAUUAUGAUCGCUGGGAAAAUUGCCUUUUAAUUUUACAUCAGCCACUUCAAUCCUCCCUUCCCCCAAUUACCACAAAAUAAUAUUCAAAUUCGGGAUCAGUUCUGCAUGUAGCCGCUGCCUCUUUGCAAAAUGGGACCAGAAGUUGGAGGUUUUCGUGACCGAAAUAUCGAAGGUUAGAAGCCAUAGGUCCAAAGCAUUUGAUUGAAUGAAGAAGCUCUACAAUCCGGUCCUGACUUUGGCAUUUCUUAUUGCAAACAACCCGAGGGAUCAUAAAUUAUGUUGCGUAGUAAUCAAUCAACUUAGGAGUGCGCAUCCAUAAUUCUUUUGGCAAUGAAAAAAGUGAAUGUCUUCCAUUCAAGAUACAGAAUCUAAGACCGAGGUAGUAUAAAAAGAGAUGAGCAUGGUUUGAAUGGCUUAGAUUAACUGCAUUAUUCCAUUGAUUUCGAAUCUUGCAAAGAGUCGAUUGUAUGUCCUCAGCUUAAAGCAAUGAAUUGUUUGGCAAGAAAUGCCUGUUUAAACCAAAAUAGUCAUUGUAUGAGCUCUGUCUUGUGGAUUCUUUUUCUAUGAUAAAAUGAAAGUGCGUCUUUUAAUAAGGACGAUUUUUUAUGUCUAUGUCUUUCGAUUUUCGAAAUUUAAAUGUCAUAUUUCUGCGUAAUAGUCAAUCAAAAGUGGCACAAUUUCCUAUAAUAAUUUGAAUGCAACCAAUAGUUGUCAAGUGCAUUCGAAAAAGAGGGAUGGUUCACAUUAGAAUUAAUUCUUUACAUGCCUGCCUGUUCAGCUUCACACAGUUGCUUUUAUCUAGAGCGUUAUAUAUCAAUUACUGUACCUUCAUUUUAGGCACAGCUGAGUGCCUAUACACAGGGCAAAAUUAAAUUUUGGACGAGGCAUAAAAACACAUCCUAAUAACUUUAAUCUCCUCGGUUUUUGUGACACACACUGGAAACUAAAAUUUUUCAAAAGCA